AAUCAUCCAAGGCAUCUGUUGCCGAUGUGACACUUCGGGCAUUUCAAAUAAACAGCUUUGGCAUGAUUUCCAAAACCUUAUCGAAAUGGAGCUCCAGCAAUAUGGGACUAGCCUGCACCCAUGCGAUCAGUGGCAUUGGUUUCGGAGUGGCCCUAGCCUGCGGAAGGCACACUGAAGUGGGAUCGAUGACGGCACUCAGCUUCCAGGAGCGAUCUCCCAGUCGUUCGGAGAAACAUCAGAAGCAAAUAUCCUACUAUCUGCUCGUGGUGGCCUCAGUUGCUUUCCUCCUGCUGUUCUUCACCACCGGAUUCGAACGUGGCCAGACUGGGUAUGAAGUCAAUCUCUCGCUGCUGCUGGGUCUGACACCCAUGUACCUGCCCUUCAUCCUUUACUGGGGCUUGAGGCGGACGAAAGUGAGUAUGAGGAGAAAGCAGUGCCAUGUGAGGAACCUUCGGGGUACUAGCACACUGGGCCUCUCAACUGUGAUUGUGUCCGAUUUGGUUGGGACGAUGACCAAGCGGCGCAUGCGAGUAUCGGAGAUCUUCGUGGACAUGGCACUGCUGAGUGUGGAUAACCUGGACGCAAGUGCUCAGAGUCCUCGAUUUAUCGAGCUGAUCCGGGCCUCAGUUCUCUGCAACGAUGCGGUCAUUUGUCCGGGUAACAUUGGAGUGCCCAAGAUGCAGAAGGACAUGUACGGCAAUAUCCUGGACAUAGCGCUGCUCAAGUUCGGACUGAUGAUCCUGCCGAGCAUUGAUCUGCUCCGCCAAGACCACGAGAAGGUGGCCAACAAGCACUACACCAGUGAGGACAAGGUCCAGGUGACGGUGCACAGGACUCUCGACGCCGAUGGCCAGCUGAAGCUCAUCCUGCUGAUGAAGGGCCACUGCGACGAGGUGAUCCGCCGGUGCUCCACCUUUGCUAUUCGGGACGAGGAACUGCCUCUGGAUGAACAGCUGCAGGAAAUCAUUCUAAGUCUGGCGGAUGGGCUGCUCGAGGCAGGCCGCCAUGUCCGUGCCUUUGCCUACAAGGAGUUGGGCGACGAGCUGGAGUUUCGCCGCUUCUCCCAGGUAAACACCGGAUUAGAGGGCGGGGAGUAUAAGUACCGCGACUACCUGGCGGUGGACACCUACUCGCUGAGGUUCCUGGGCAUGAUCGCCACCUACAAUCCACCGCGGAGCACCAUUCCCAAAGCGGUGGAUCGCUGCAGAGCGGCGGGUAUCAAGUUGAUCGUUGUCACCCAGCGCAAGCCCAAAAUGGCCAAGGCUCUGGCCGUUGAUGUGGGCAUCCUACCGUCUCCGUCGGACACUUUCCAGGCUCCCAGCAAGCGGAUGCCCUCCACCGCGGAUGUAGUAGACAUGUCGCAGUACGCUGACAAGAAGCCGCAACACCAGCGUCGCCAAAUCGAGCUGCUGCUCCAGAGCCAACGAGAUUUGGUAUGUGCCGCGGCGAGCACGGAUCAACUCCACUGGAUUGCGGAUGCCUGUCGCCGGUUGGGAGCCGUGGUGUCCGUCAUUGGAGGAACACUCCAUGACACACCCGCCAUGCGGAGCAGCCAUGUGGGCGUGGCCAAGUACGGAUGUGCGGUCAUGUGCGAGGCCAGCGCAGAUCUCAUCCUGCUGGACACCUCGUUUGCCACAUUGGUCAAUGUGGUCGGCAUAAGCCGCCUGCUCUUCGAGAACCUAAAGAAGGCUCUGGCCUAUUGCCUGGCCACCAACAUAUGCAAUGUACUGGUGUACUCCUCCUUCUUCCUGCUCGGUGUUCCCCUGCACUUCCACAUCAUAGACGAGCUCAUAAUCACGUUCCUGAUAAACCUGGUGCCUGCCUUGACCUUGAUUUAUGAGCCUCCCGAGGAGAAUCUGAUGCUGCAGAUGCCCAAAGUGUACGACGACUUUCUGCUUAAUAGCCGGCUUUUCCUUGUGUCCCACAUCCUUGUGGGAACCAUCGAAGCUGCAGCUGUUUUUAUGACCUACUUCGUGUUCAUGGCUGACAAGGGAUUCCUGCCGAGAACACUGGUGGAUCUGCACAUCGCGUGGAACGACGACAUGCUCGACGACAUCACCGACUCCUUCGGCCAGGAGUGGAGCAGCGAGGCUCGCGAGCAGCUGGAGUGCCAAGUGUCCUCCCUUUGCCUGAUGAGCAUCACCGCGAUGCAGUGCACCAACCUGGUGCUGACCAAGACCGGACGUGCCAAUCUGUUGACCCACGGAUUCCGCAACUGGCUUCUCAUCCUGGCGGUUCUCUACUUGAUCCUAAUCUGCGUGCUGUUGUGCAUCAUGGACUCCACUGUGUGCCUGCGCCUGGAGGGAACCAACGAGCUGCACUUUGGCCACUUCCUCCGGACCAACUGGCCCUUCAUGGCGCUGCUGGUCUUGCUCGAAACAACUCGCAGAUACUUUCUUCGCCUCUUUCCCGACAGUUGGCUGGAGCUGGCCACUCGGUAUUGAGCACACAAUAAUUGCACCUGGGAAACAAAUACAACCACUACUCUGUGCACCGUAAAAAGAAGCACAUAAAACUCAGCCGCGGAGUAGAGUCAUCUGGAUAAAACUGAAUCCUCGGGACUAUAAGUUUUAAAGGACAUAGAUUGCCGAGAGUGCAUUUCCGUAUUAUUUUUUAUGGAAACAGCGAGCAUAACUUCAGGAGAACUGCACUUUGGCUGGCCACUUUCCCUUCAAGUAAAGGGCAGUAAAACACGCUAAAUUGUAUUU